AUGCAUCCCGUCCAUCACCCACCAGUUCCAAGUGUCAUUCCCAUCCAUGAGGAGUUGAGGGAAGGCUGCAAGAUUGAUGUGCACGGUCGAGUGCUUCAUGGACAUCACAAAAAUUUCUCCGUAGAACUGCUCUCAGGACCACAUAUUGUUCUGCACAUCAACUUCCGCUUUCAUCAUGAACAUACCGUCGUGAUCAACUCAUGCAGUCAUGGAUCGUGGGGACCUGAGGUUCGCCACCAUAAUCCGCUUCAUCACGACCAACACUUCCACUUGCACAUUCACGUUCAUCACACCCAUUAUGAUAUUGACUGCAACGGCCAUCGCUUGGCAUCGUUCCACCAUCGAUUCCCAGCUGCAUCAGUUCAGGCUCUUGGUCUGAAAGGAGAGGUUCACGUUGAGAAAGUCAACUUCGAAGGAUUCCACUUCCAUAGAGACUGGAAUGCGCCAAUGAACUACGGCCAUGGAGGAUUCAUUGGAUACGGAACAACAACAUAUACUCCACCAACGGUUCAAAUUACACCUGGAUACAAUGCAUACCACUGA